GUCAAAUUUCUUCAUGACUUUUAGAGGUCAAAGGACGUCCUAUUCGACUUUUAUCAUUUCCCAUUUUAUAAUUUAAAAGUGGCAGUGUUCUUCUGUAGGAUAUUUUGAUAAUUAUUUCGGCUUACUCUAAUCCUUAACCUACAGACAUGCCUGAACCAAUCCGUGUUGUUGUAACCGGCGCUGCUGGUCAAAUAUCCUACUCACUCCUCUACAUGAUCGCCAAAGGGGACGUGUUUGGCUAUGAGCAACCCCUAAUUUUACACCUUCUUGACAUCCCUCCAAUGAUGGAUGUCCUCCAGGGUGUUGUGAUGGAACUUGCCGAUUGUGCCAUUCCUCUUCUGAGAGAAGUAAUACCCACAGCUGAUCCCGCUGUAGCUUUCAAGGACGUCUCUGCUGCUUUCCUCGUUGGCGCCAUGCCCAGAAAACAAGGUAUGGAACGCAAAGACUUGUUGUCUGCUAACGUAAAAAUCUUCAAAGUACAAGGCGAGGCUUUGGAUAAAUAUGCCAAAAAAGAUGUUAAAGUAUUAGUCGUCGGUAACCCAGCUAACACCAAUGCCCUUAUUUGCUCAAAAUACGCUCCAUCCAUUCCCAAAGAGAACUUUACGGCUAUGACCAGAUUAGAUCAAAACAGAGCUCAGGCUCAGGUGUCUGCCAAAAUUGGAGUCCCAGUCGAACAAGUCAGUAACGUUAUUAUUUGGGGCAACCACUCCUCGACUCAGUUUCCUGAUGCAUCUCAUGCUGUUGUUAACCUCAGUGGUAAACAGCUGACCGUUGCGGAAGUAAUUAAAGAUGAUAGCUGGUUGAGAGACACUUUUGUUCAGAUUGUACAAAAGAGAGGUGCCGCUGUUAUAGCAGCCAGGAAAAUGUCAUCCGCUCUGUCAGCAGCCAAAGCUGCCACCGAUCACAUGCGAGACUGGUUCCAAGGUACAGUUUACGGAAAAUACGUCUCGAUGGGAGUCGUCAGCGACGGCAGCUACGGCGUACCUAAGGACCUAGUUUUUUCGUUUCCAGUUACCAUCAAAAAUGGUCAAUGGUCGAUCGUUCAAGGUUUGACCAUAGACGAUUUCGCCAAACAGAAACUGGCCAUCACCGGCAAGGAAUUGGAAGAGGAGAAAGAAGAAGCCGUUGCUAUUAUCCAGGCAUGACUAGUUAACAAGCUUUGAAAGGUUAAAUAAUAAAAAAAAAUGUUAAAAAAGUAUAUCUGAAGUACAUGUUUUUGUCAGCUGGAAAUCUGGAUGUAUGUGUUAUAAAAUAUUCUUAGUUUCAUUAGAAUUUUUGACUAUUUUAAAUAUUACCAUAAUCGUUUAUAUUGCUUUUCAAAUUUUAAAAAUUAUAUUGAUAACAAAUUUUAUAAGACAUACGUUUAUCAGAUAAAUUUGUUGUAUAAAAUGGUUAAGUUUGAAAAAAAAAUGUUUAUUUGUUGAUUUUUAGGAGUUUGAUAGGUUUUUAAAAUUCCUAAGUCGUCUUGAUACAAAAAUGUGGUUUGUGAGCCGGGGAGUGCGUAAGUACCUGAAAAAAAUUAAGUUAGAAACAUUAUUUAAGUCACUUUUUUAUUAUUUAAUAUAGAAAUGGAUAGAAAUUAUGGAGCAUGAAAAAUAUAGCCGAAACUACGUGCAACAAGCUUUACGACUCAUUUUUUUUUUAAUUUUGUAACUAAAAACUUUUUAAAAUAUACAGUGAACAAUAAAAAUAUUGUUUUAAUAAAAAAAUAUAUUUUAAUACUAAAAUAUACAAAUCUGUUGUUAACAUCUGACUGAGAAAGUUUUUUGAUUUAUCAAACUCGGAAAAUGAAUUUAUCAUUGUUAUUAUAAACUAUAGGUACUCGGAUAUUGUAAAAAAAAAAAAAUUGUUGAAGACGAAAAGUAGAAAAAAAUAUGAAAUUUAUUAUUUUUCACAUUGCAUUUUUAUAUUUUUUAUUUAACAUUUCACAGCUUUGUUAUAUUGAAUGUUUGUUUAAAUCCCAUGAAUUAUUGGUUUUUGUAUAUAAAAAAAUUAUUAAUGGGGUAUAAUUGAUAUUAUAAAUGAUAAUAGUGGAAUGGGUAAUAUUUUUUUAUAUUGUUACUAAGAAAUUUUGAACUUACCAAAAAAAUAUUAAAUAUUUUUUAAGCAUUUAAUUUUUGUGUAUUUCUAUUUUUCUCUUUAUAUAUUUUAAAUUUUAUAGUAGGCAAUUUGUGUUAAACUUGAAUGCAAAUAAAAUUAUUUUUGUUAAUUA